GUCCAGUCCAACUGACUAUUCGUGGUUUGGAGGAUGCCGUACCAAGUUGUGCCAGGCCUUGCGGUCAUUACGCUGGCGUUCACCGUGGCGGGCGCCGGCAUCGGGUUCGUCAACCGUUGGUAUGCCAAGGGAAACCAGAAGAAGCUGAUCUUGCGAGAUGACUGGGACCGGUUGCUCGAUGCACGUGACAAGAGACUGAAGGAUCGCGCAGCAUGGGAGGCAGAGCUAGAAAAGGAACGACUGCAGCAGCAAUAGCGAGGAUCACGUUUAACCCAGGCGUGCAUGCGACCAUGCUCACCAUCAAGAAGCGUGCGAGCUCAUCAAGACGUUAGACUCCGUCGCUAACAGGAUAUCAAGUGCUGCGUAACCUUUAAAAUCCACGCCGUCGUUCC